CCCUCUCCUGACUUCUCCUCCUCUUUCCUCUCUCCACCCCACAGCACCACGGAGGCCAGCUCUGGAUCAGCUCACACAGUAAAUACAGUAGGAGCCUACAGCUGUGACUUCAGGUCAGCUUUACACCUGUUUUAGCACAGGGACGUUUUUAGGUUUUAGAAGUUACGAUGGUUGAAAGCAUGGACUAUGAGAAGCAACAGAAGCGUUACUGCAUCCGUGGUAAGCAUGUUGUCAUCAUAUGUGUGACGGUGGUGGCGUGCUCUCUGGCGGUGGGCCUUGGGGUGGGCCUCUCCAGGUCAGAUACGACCACCAACCCCACCUCCACCCCCUCCACGCCAGGCCCCACAGCAGGGCCUACAAUCCCUUUGCCUACUGGGAGAGGGCCUUGCCAACCUUCCAUGAACUCCACUGGGGACUGGAGGAAUUUCCGCCUCCCUAACUACGUGAGCCCGGUCCACUAUGACCUGAAUGUGGAGCCGAACAUGGAAGAUGACACCUACAUGGGCACUGUGGACAUCCAUGUAGAAGUCAGCAAGCCCACCCGCCACCUGUGGCUCCACAUCAGAGAGACGUUCGUCAGUGCCAUGCCUAAGCUGAAGAUGCUGAACAGCCAGGGGGGAGAGAGGGAGCUGCCAGUGAAAAGCUGUUUUGAAUACAAACCGCAGCAGUAUGUGGUGGUGGAGGUCGCAGAGGAGCUGCCAGUCACUGCCGCAGGAGAGGUGUACGUGCUGAGUCUGGACUUCCAGGGCUGGCUUAAUGGCUCUGUGGUGGGAUUUUACAGGGUCAUCUACACCGAGGAGGGGAUCACCAAAAAGAUUGCUGCGACUGAUCAUGAGCCGACAGACGCCCGCAAGUCAUUUCCCUGCUUCGAUGAACCCAACAAGAAGGCCACAUACAGCAUCUCCAUCAUUCAUGACGCAAACUAUAAAGCUCUGUCCAACAUGCCGCUGCAGGGCCCCCCUCAACAACUGCCUCGUAAUAAAUGGAAGACCUCCUUCCAGAAGUCCGUCCCCAUGAGUACCUACUUGGUAUGUUUCGCGGUGCACCAGUUUGGCCACGUGGAACGAACCUCUGCUCGAGGAAUUCCUCUGCGAAUCUACGCUCAGCCGACUCAGUUGAGAACUGCAGAGUACGCAGCCAACACGACCAAGGUCAUCUUUGAUUUCUUUGAGGAAUAUUUCAACAUGACAUACUCCAUCCCAAAACUGGAUAAGAUAGCGAUCCCUGACUUUGGCACCGGUGCCAUGGAGAACUGGGGCCUCAUCACCUACAGGGAGACAAACCUGCUGUACGAUGAGAACCAGUCUUCCUCCUACAACAAGCAGCGAGUGGCCAGUGUUAUUGCCCACGAGCUGGUUCACCAGUGGUUUGGGAACAUUGUGACCAUGGACUGGUGGGACGACCUCUGGCUCAAUGAGGGCUUUGCCAGUUUCUUUGAGUACAUCGGUGUGGAAAGAGCUGAACCUUCCUGGGGCAUGCGAGACAUCAUGAUCAUCAGCGAUGUGCUUCCUGUGAUGGUGGACGACGCCCUCCUCUCCUCCCAUCCAAUCAUUGUGGACGUGUCGACCCCAGCAGAGAUCACCUCCGUGUUUGAUGGCAUCUCAUACAGCAAGGGAGCGUCCAUCCUCAGGAUGCUGGAGGACUGGAUGGGUAGAGAUAUGUUCAGAGAUGGCUGUCGAAAAUAUUUGAAAGACUACCACUUCAAGAACGCCAAAACAGCCAACUUCUGGGCAUCUCUCGCCGAUGUGAGUAGAUUGCCAGUUGCAGAGGUCAUGGACACAUGGACCAAUCAGAUGGGUUAUCCUGUGCUGGAUCUGUCUGUCACAGAAGCGAAUACCAAACUGAGCCGGAAGCGUUUCCUCCUGGAUCCUAAUGCUAAUCCCAGCCAGCCCCCUUCACCUCUGGAGUACAAGUGGACUAUCCCAGUGAAAUGGCACUCUGUGAAAAGUGACAAGAAUAUGUUGACAAUGUUUGACAAGAGCAGCAACGAGCACGUCAUAACUAACUACACGCCCUCAGUGGAUGGUCUGCUUAAGGUGAACAAUGAUCACAUUGGAUUCUACAGAGUCAACCAUGACCUCCACAUGUGGAACACGAUCAACAAACAACUUCAAGACAACCAUACGGAGUUUGAUGCAGCUGAUCGUACGAGCUACAUUGAUGAUGUCUUUGCACUUGCCCGGGCAGACAUUAUAGACUAUGGCAAUGCCUUCAAUCUGACCAUGUACCUGACAAAUGAGAUUGAUUACAUAGUGUGGGACCGCGUGGACUCCUCCAUCUCCUAUGUGAGGGACAUGCUGGUAGCCGAUGCUGCUCUCUACAAAAAGUUCCAGAAACUCUUUGGAAAUCACGUCAGAGCGAUCUCCCAACGACUUGGAUGGAACGAUGUAGGAACUCAGACAGAGAGGUUACUGAGGGAGACCGUGCUCAGUAUUGCUUGUCAGAUGGGGGAUCAGGAUGCUCUGAAUGAAGCCUCCAGUAUUUUUGACCGCUGGAUUAAUGGAAGUCUCAGCAGCGUAGCAGUGAACCUGAGGCUGCUGGUCUAUCGAUAUGGAAUGAAGAACUCGGGUACAGAAGCCAAGUGGAACACGAUGUUCCAGAGAUACAAGAAUACGUCUUUGGCUCAAGAGAAGGACAAGCUGCUGUAUGGACUGUCGUCUGUGGACAACGUGGAACUUCUGUACAAGCUCCUGGAGGCCACUAAGGAUGAGAAUGUGAUAAGGAGUCAGGAUCUGUUCACCGUGGUGCGAUAUGUGUCUAUUAACCCACUGGGAGAGAGUAUGGCCUGGGACUGGACCACGCUGAACUGGGACUAUCUGGUCAACAGGUACACCAUCAAUGACAGGAACUUUGGUCGUCUACUCAGUCGAAUCAGCACCAACUACAACACAGAGCUGCAGCUGUGGAAGAUGGAGCAUUUCUUCAGUCUAACACCGGAUGCUGGUGCGGGGGAGAUGCCCAGGCAGCAGGCACUGGAGAAAGUGAGGAACAACAUCGAAUGGAUCAGGAGGAACGGAGAUGAGAUCAGAGGGUGGCUGGACAACAAUGUGGCCUAAAACAGCAACAUUGCAAAUCACUGCUGGGAUACAGGCACAUUGUCACUGUUAGGAAUCAGAGCACGCACACAUACCUAUUCGCAUACAGGUUGUGGGUGUCCUUUUUGAAGGGCAUAAGGAGGGCACUGCUGGUCUGAAUCAACACUUGAACAAUAAUAAAAAAUCAAAUGUCUAAAUAGAAAUGAAUGUUUUUAGCACUUCACAAUAUCGAAAUUCAUACCUGAUCUCAUAUGUGAAAUUCCAUUUUUGUAGAUGCUGUUUUUCACAAAAGUCUGGAUUUGACCAGAAUGUCAUGAACUUUUCUUAGGUGUGCAAAACAAAUGUACUACUGCUUUCACGACUAUUGAACAUAAUGAGGCAUGGGUCACAAACAAGCAAUACAAGAGUAUUCAAUUUACAUUACCUGUGAUAGUUAAUGAUAGUUGAAACACUGUGGUCUUGCAGCUCAAUCUCUCCAGUGUUCUUUCAUCAUGUUGGUUGGAAAAUAUAAAAGGCCAGUGUUUGUUUAUCAUUGUAUCCUUUUCCUCACUAGUUUUUACUAAUAAAUAACUCUUGUUUCUGCUCAUCAC